AUGUCAGGACUUGUGAACAGACUACGCAAUGGCAUCCCUAAGCCUCAUCUUCGUGCAGCAGGCACCGAGGAGGUCAAAGGACAUGACAUCUGGCUCGACAAUGACGAUAUCAGACCACUCAAGCUCGCUGAUCGAACAUGGGGUAUGCCAGCGUACCUCACGUUCUGGUUCAGUGCAGUAGCCACCGUCUCGAAUUGGUAUGCAGCAUCGUCAGCCCAAGCUCUCGGCUUGAGCAUGUGGGAGUCUGUCGCAACUGCUCUAGGAGGACAGAUCCUGAUCGCCAUCGUGAUUGUGUUUAAUGGCCGCGCUGGAGCGAAGUACCACGUCGGUUUCCCAGUCUUGAACAGAGCGGCUUUCGGAGUCUUUGGUGCCUGGUGGCCAACUUUCAAUCGUGCUGUGAUGGCCAUUGUCUGGAACGGAGUCAACGGAGUCCAAGGAGGUCAAUGUAUCUACGUGAUGCUCCACGCUCUGACACCGAAGAUCGCCGAUCUCAGGAACAUCAUGGGAGAGGGCUCAUCUAUUGGCUCAGGCGAAUUCAUAGGAUGCAUAAUUUUCUGGCUCAUCACCUGCCUCUUCCUCGUUAUUCCAGUGCCCAAGAUGCGAGGGCUAAUAUACGCCAAGCUCUUCGUCUUCGUCGUCUCAGCAAUUGCCAUGUGCGCAUGGACCCUGACAAAAGCUGGUGGUGUUGGAGCUAUUGCACACCAAGGAGGCACGGCAACUGGAUCCGAGAGAAAGUGGCUACUCGUCCGCUUCUUCUUUCUGGGUGCGGCAAACUGUGCGACUUUCGCAUCCAACGCAGCUGAUUUCCAACGUUAUGCUCGUAGACCCAACGAUGUAAUCCUGGGAAACCUUGCUGGAUUCCCCCUGAGUAACUUCAUUGUUUGCAUUGUCGGUAACCUCGUGGCAUCGGCGUCUCAAGCGAUCUACGGCGAGGUCAUCUGGAACCCCCUCACCUUCCUCGACAUGCUUCAGACCACUGAAUACAGUUCUGCGAAUCGUGCAGGCUGCUUUUUCAUCGCCGCUUGCUUUGGUUACUCGGCCAUCUUCUCGUCGAUCUUUGAGAACUCUCUACCCGCCGGAAACGAUAUUGCUGCACUUUUCCCCAAGUACCUCACAGUACGUAAAGGUUUCUUCAUCUGUGCCGCUGUCUCCUUCGUCAUCAAUCCCUGGUAUCUCCUUGGCUCAGCAGGAGUCUUCAUCUCUUUCCUCGCCUCGUACCAAAUCUUUCUCUCCGCAAUCACCGGCAUUCUUCUCUGCCACUACUACAUCAUCUCUCGUGGCUACCUGAAGAUCGAUGAUCUCUACACCAGCGACAAGGAUGGCGUAUACCACUACUUCCACGGUUGGAACUGGCGUGCGUACGUGGCGUAUGUUGUCGGCAUCGCCCCGAAUUUCUACGGCUUCCUCAAUAACAUGGGAGUUUCGGCACCUGCAGGCGUCACAAAAGCUUACUAUUUCGCCUACGAGAUCGGAUUGAUCCUGAGCUUUGGUGUGUACUGGGCAUGUUGCUACUUCUCCCCGCCGGCGUUGGUCAUGCCGUUGAGUGAAUGGCACGAGCCGAAGGACUAUGUGAGACCAGAGGAGAGGGCCGAGGUGCUUGAAGGAAUGCCAUCAGAGACUUGGGGCGAUAAUGUGGACGGUGUUUCCAAGAUCGUUCAAGAGGAUGUCAAGGAGCUUAGAUAG